GCGGCUGAGGCGGCGGCGGCCUGGCCUCCGGAGCUGAGCCUACUAAAUGCCGCCCUUUCCUUGGCUGCAGACCGCGAUUUCCGCCCCUACAAACUUGUCUGCGGCACGGCUUCUGUAAGCCGCUCCGGGCAGGCGGGGGCGGGGUCUAGCUGACCCGAGUGACGUGGGCGGGCUUCCAGGGAUGCUCUCUUCCCCGCCCUCAACCCAAAGUGCCACGGUGGCGCUGGUGGCGGCCGCGAGACUCAAUGCCUCGGGCUCUGCCAGCCUCGCUACGAUAACCCGUAAUCCAGAUCCGGAGCUACGCCCGCCCGGGAGGCGCCCCGCCCGCCUCUCCCCGCAGCAGCUAGUUAGCUCCGACCUCUAAUCAGCCCUCUGGUCCAUGGACUGAAGCACCUGCCGGAAGUGGGCAGGGAGGAGGCCAGAUGUAGAAAGUCAAAUGUAACGCCGAGGUCGCAGCCUGAGUGGAGAAGAUGGGUGGGCAAGUCCGUGACCACCUCCGGGAAAGCCAGCCCAGGGCUGCCAGGAGAAGAUGUGCGCUCACCCUGCCCUCUAGAUGCGCUCAGACAUCGACGUAAAAUGACUUGGCACCAGAGCAGCUAUUCUAACCGCCCCUAGGGAUUGUUAACUCAGAUGGGACAGGACCAAGACGUUAAGCCAACCUUUGAGCUUCGCAUUCAUCCUUCUACCCCCCACUCCCAGUCUCCAGCUUUCACACCCCUCCUUCUUUCCCAGCUUCGGUGUCCAGUUACGGCUCCUCUGCGCUCUCUUUGUCACUUUGGGCCAUACUGGAAGGAAAUGACCCGGGACGGUCCCGUGCGGCUGCAUAAAAUUGGCAGCUUCAGAGUCAGGGGGAAGUCGGGUAUGCGACGUCGAGGGGCGGGGAAAAGGGGUGGAGGCGCUGCUCUCCGAAUCCAAGUCCGUGGGCUUUCUAAAAUCUUCAGGCAGGAGUGGAGGUGGCUGGUGGGCCCAGCGGACUGUGCGCCGCUACUUUGUUUCCACCUCCCGCUCUUAAGGACUGGAUUCACCAAGCUGCUCCUAAGGGCCUAGUCCGGGACAAUAGGCCCCAAGAGCAACCCGAUCAAUUGCCAACCGGCAUAAUUGGAUAACCGCUAGGGAUCAGUAGACAUCGGUUAGGAAACUUAAAGGGUGCCAGCAACGCUCUGAUGCCCCGAGUACACACAGGGCUUCCAGCUAACCAUGCCGCAGUUGCCUUGGCGCUGCACUUUCUACUGCUACUGCUACUGGUGGGGUGGAUGCCACCACCGACCAGCGCAAGGCCGUCCCCAGGCCCGGAUUACCUGCGGCGCGGCUGGCUGCGGUUGCUUGCUGAGGGCGAGGGCUGCGCUCCCUGCCGGCCAGAAGAAUGCGUCGCGCCACGGGGCUGCCUGGCGGGCCGGGUGCGCGACGCGUGCGGUUGCUGCUGGGAAUGCGCCAACCUCGAGGGCCAGCUUUGCGACCUGGACCCCAGCGCUCAUUUCUACGGGCGCUGCGGCGAACAGCUUGAGUGCCGGCUGGACGCAGGCGGUGACCUGAGCCGCGGAGAGGUGCCGGAGCCACUCUGUGCCUGCCGCUCACAACGCCCACUCUGCGGUUCCGACGGCCGUACCUACAACCAGAUCUGCCGUCUGCAGGAGGCAGCCCGUGCUCGGCCCGACGCCAACCUCACUAUGGCGCACCCAGGGCCCUGCGAAUCGGAGCCUCAGAUCGUGUCGCAGCCAUAUGACAUUUGGAAUGUGACGGGGCAGGAUGUGAUCUUUGGCUGUGAGGUGUUUGCCUACCCCAUGGCCUCCAUUGAGUGGAGGAAGGAUGGCUUGGACAUUCAGCUGCCAGGUGAUGACCCCCACAUCUCUGUGCAGUUUAGGGGUGGACCGCAGAGGUUUGAGGUGACAAGCUGGCUGCAGAUCCAAGCUGUGCGCCCCAGUGAUGAGGGCACCUACCGCUGCCUUGCUCGAAAUGCCCUGGGUGAGGUUGAGGCUCCUGCUACCUUGACAGUGCUCACACCAGAUCAGCUGAACUCUACAGGCAUUACCCAGCUUCGAUCACUGAACCUGGCUCCUGAGGACGAGGCUGAGAGUGAAGAGAAUGAGGAUUACUACUAGGUCCAGAUCUCUGGCCCUUGGGGGUGGAUGAGUGGGUAUAGUGUUCAUCCCUGCUUGAGAAGACCUGGAAGAGACCUGAAAAGGGCGAGCAGGAGGGCAUUCACAAAUAGGUGCAGGCACCAGAAUCCUCCUUUCCAGAAGAUGUCCCUCCAGUCCUGCUCAGCCAGUUUCUCCUAUCUGCCCUUUCCCACAGACCCUGGUUCCUGCAAUUAUUUUCUUGGUUCCCAACCUUUGCGUAGCCUCAAUUUAUCCUUCCUUAAAACUCAUAUUCCAGCUAGGCACAGUGGUGCAUGCCUGUAAUCCCAGCCAAUAGGGAGGCUGACGCAGGAGGAUCACAGGUUGAAAGCCAGCCUCAGUAACACAGCUUGGAUAUGAAGCCCUGUCUCAAAAAGAACUGGGGAUGUGGUUCAGUGGUUAAGCACUUCUGGGUUCAAUCCCUGGAACCAAAACAAAAACCCCAUAUUCCAGAAGUUCUCCCUCUCACCCACUUACUAACUGCAGUUCUUUUUGCUCUUCACUAUCUGUUGUUCAAGAGAGCACACUGAACAUGGUUUAGUUCAGUGGAGUAAGAGGAGUGGGGUCAUCUCCAUAUCUUAUACCAUUCUGUUGUGGAUAAUGCCUACCUAACACAAGACUAGGCACAAUAGGUAACAAUAAAGAUUUAUAA